UCGGACUGUUUCGUUUUUGUUAAGAAUUGUGUCGCACCAAAAUCGAAAAUUGCUCGCCGUAAGUAUGUGAAAGCUCCGCAGUAUGAGAUAUGAGUGCAGCAGUAACGGCGUGACACACCUGGCAGACGCGCAUAAUACAAAUAAAAGUAAUUAGAGCAAAGUAUUCGAAUUUGAAACCACCGCGAAAACCAGAGAAAAUUGCAAAAAGUGUUUGCCUCCAACAAACAUUCUACAAGUGUAGCAUAUCAAUAUCAAAUAUCUCUACAAAGAAUUACCAUAAAGUGUUUUCCUCGCAAAUAUGGAUGAAAAAUCAAACGUUCCGCAGCGCAUUUACCCGUCCACGCCACUUGAGCAGCCGGUCGCAGCGAGUGAACAGCAACAGGCUCUAUUGCAACCGGCGCCACCCACGUACUCACAAGCAACAGGUGCCACACCCACGACAGCGCCGGAUGCCGCGCAUAUUGUUGUAAUUACGCCCGGCGCACCGUUGGCAUAUGGACCCGCACCGGUGGAUAUACAGUGUCCCUACUGCCACAAUUAUACACGCACCCGCUUGCGCUUUAAGCCAACCUCACGCACGCAUCUAAUUGCUCUGCUGCUCUGCCUUUUCCAGCUCUACUGCUUCGUGUGUUUACCCUAUUGCAUUGGCAGUUGCAUGAAUACGGCACAUUAUUGUGGCUUGUGUGACCGUUACUUGGGUACCUAUGUACGAGAAUAAUCAGGAUAUCCGAGAAUGGAAGCUUUUAACACAUUUUAUUUAGGUCACAAGAAAAAAAAUUAUUGAAGCUUUGAUGCUAAAUGUUUAUAAUUUCAAUAUGUAUAAAUUUCAAAGUAUU